UGCAUGUCUAGUAAAUCGACCAGUGGUCGCAGUGGCGGCAAGCGACAGAGGAACAUCGCCGUGUUGGGCUACUGGAAUGUGGGCAAGACAUCAGUAGUGCAGAGAUAUGUCCACGACGCCUUCACCCCUAAAUACUUCCCCACCAUCGAACAGACCUACCAAAAGACACUCGCCUUCCAGAAUAUGGAGAUUGAUCUGAUGAUCACAGACACUGCUGGUCAAGAAGAGUACAGUCUCCUCCCCACCCACGCACUGCAGUCAUGUGACGGGUACCUGCUAGUCUAUGCGGUCAACGACAUCAAUUCCUUCGAGGGCCUCAAGAACAUAUACAAGAAACUGCAGGAAACCAUUGGUACAUCCAGACCCAUCAUUGUCGUCGGAAACAAACUCGACCUAGGGGACAGACAAGUGCCAUUUGAAAAAGGGAAGGAGCUGGCCACGAGGUGGGACAUGCUAUUCGCCGAAUGUUCCGCCUGCUCGGGCGAGGGAGUGGAGGAGAUAUUCACAAACAUUCUCGCACACAUCGAACGCGAGAGACGCUUGGUCUACCUUGGUACACGCAGUCCACGCUCAGACAAGUGCAGACUCAUGUAGCCCCCACCCCCUUCCCCCACCCCCACACAUCCCCCCGCAAAUAACGUCUCCUGAUGCUACGCGCUCCCAUCGAUAGUCGUUGAGGUGCUACUCUUCUGCUACGCGCUCCUGAUAGUCUCAUUACUGGUUUGCUUCGCGCUCCUAGGUGCCAGAAUGAGAGAGCACUGUAUCUUGAAUUGGCAUCCAACUGAGUCUUGUUCACCCGCAGAAGAUAAUAAUUUAAAAAUUUGAAAUAAAACUUAAAAACUUUUUAAGUGUUAAAGAUUUCCUUCUCUUUAUUUGGAAAAUGUAUUGUGCAUUUUUACUGCUGUGUCGUGGUUGCUUCAUUUGAUUAAUGCUAUUUGUCUUCUUUUAUACCAGUAGCAAAUACGAAACAUAAUGACGCCAUGUUUAGUUAUUUAGUUUUUAAAUUCUUAGCAGUUAUGCUAGUAAAAACUUUCAAUGUAUUUUUCCUUGCAACAUUUUCUUUUCUGCUUACAAUUAUACGUGCAAAUCCUCUGUCAGCGCCAAUCAGAAUCAGCUUACAAUUUUUCCGAUGAUUGAUUUAAACCAGAUGAUUGAUUUUUUGGAAUGCAACGACGCCACUAGUUCAAAUAAAGUAAAUCUUUUCUGUGCACGGCAUUGUUGCACUGUUAAUGUGGUUUUUUAACUGUACAAGCUAUCUCUGCUAAAUUAAAGUGACAUCAAA